UGCAGGAGGCCGAUCUGAACUGCGGCCGAAAGUCUGGAACAGUCCCAACAAAUCCACCUCCUCUGCUUCGCGUGGUGGAAGACGAGAACCCCCCAGAAAAGGCCAAAGCCCACACAGAACCCUAACCUAGGGUUCCGCCGCCAUGGGAUCCGCCGCCUCCGCCGCAGCGCCGCCGCCUCCUCCUCCCGCGCAGCCCCACGGUGCCGCCUCGCCGUAUGGGCCCGGGCUCGCCGGCAUCCUCCCGCCCAAGCCGGACGGGGAUGAGAAGAAGGAGGAGGAGAAGGUUGACUACCUCAACCUUCCCUGCCCCGUGCCCUACGAGGAGAUCCAGCGCGAAGCCCUCAUGUCUUUGAAGCCUGAACUUUUUGAAGGAUUGAGAUUUGACUUCACAAAAAUGUUAACUAAUAAGUUUGCGCUUAGCCACAGUGUUCUUAUGGGUUCCUUGGAAGUUCCAUCUCAGUCAGCUGAUGUUAUCAAAGUCCCAACAUCACAGUAUGAAUUCGGUGCCAAUUUUCUAGAUCCAAAGCUUAUGCUUAUUGGAAGGUUGAUGACUGAUGGAAGGCUAAAUGCUCGUGUGAAAUGUGAUCUGACAGAAAAUCUCGCGCUGAAAAUAAACGCACAGCUUACCAAUGAGCCACAUUAUUCCCAAGGGAUGUUCAACUUUGAUUACAAGGGCAAAGACUAUCGAGCACAAUUUCAAAUUGGAAACAAUGCGUUCUAUGGCGCAAACUACAUUCAGAGUGUUACGCCAAAUUUGUCGAUGGGAACUGAGAUAUUCUGGCUCGGUCAGCAGAGGAAGUCAGGGAUUGGUUUUAAUUCUCGUUACAGUACAGAUAAAAUGGUGGGUACUCUACAGGUCGCUAGCACUGGCAUAGUUGCCUUAAGUUAUGUCCAGAAAGUUUCCGAAAAGGUGUCUCUUGCUUCUGACUUCAUGUAUAACCACAUGUCGAGAGAUGUGACUUCUAGUGUUGGUUAUGACUAUAUGCUUAGGCAGUGCCGUCUAAGGGGCAAAAUUGAUUCAAAUGGUGUCGUUGCUGCAUACUUGGAGGAGAGACUGAACAUGGGUGUCAACUUUCUUCUUUCUGCAGAGAUUGACCAUUCAAAGAAGAACUACAAGUUUGGUUUUGGAUUGACCGUAGGGGAGUAAAUCUGCUCAAAGCAAUUACCGUAAGGACGACUGAUGCUUCUUCAGUUUGUUGUAAGUGGAGGUUUACCGUGCAGUCUCGGUUUCAAGUGAUGAGGUUCUUUCCCUCUGUGCACUGGGGAAACAUAGGGACUGGCAAUUGGUACUUUACAUAGUUUCCUCUUCGGUGUACUAGCGGUUGUCUCAUUUCAGCUGCUUGAGAUAACAUGGACAUUUGGCGUCCGUGAUUCUUUAUCUUAGAUGAAAGAAAACUGAACGUUGUUGUAAUAAUGUUCUCUCGGCUGCUGGAAAUUUUUACCUCUAUGUUUCCAGCAUAAGGUUUUUCUGUGCACAUUGUCCACAAUCUGCACGAGAUACAUUCAAUGUUCACUUGCAAUCCUUAGCUGUUCUCUUGUCCAUUAGUAUGUUACAUGUAUCCUAGUCACUUACGAUUAUUUGUGUCUUU